CACUUCGUCUCCCCAACGGAGGCUUUUCUAGGGCACGCCUAAUCCCCCGAUUCCUCCUCCCCCGUCUUCUCUCACCGCCGUCGACGCGGCCGCCGGCUCGAAGAGAAGGAGAAGCAUCUCAUAUCCGCCGAAGAGAGGGUUCUCGACGACUUCCGUAGUCUCCACCUCCGUCAAAGACACGCGUUCUCCACCAGGCGACACCUCCUUCCCACCGCGAGGCGACUUUCUCCGACAUCUGCUAUCCUCCCUCUUAUACAUCGCGGCGAGGCCCGAUCCGACAGCUCAUCCGCAUCUGCCGCAUCCUAGUCGUCCUCCCCAUAUUGCCACUGUCUUCCUCUUCCACCAUCAACAUCAUGCCGCAUCACUUCGUCGACACCUUCUUCCUCUCCUUCCUGUUCCGCGAUGUGUGCUUCAAUUAAUCAUUGGCUUUAUUUGUUGCUUUGGCGAACUCAACAAAGGAUGAUACCAUUGCGUUUAUUGGCUUGACAAGCUUACUGUGACAGAUACUGAACCAGAAAGCAAUUCAACAAUUUGAGUUGGCCUGCUCAAUACUGUUAUCAAUAUGGCUGGAGAUUUUUCACUUCAUGAAAUGGCGGAUGACAGCCCCUUCAGGUCCUCCCAUGACAGGCAUGAGGAAGUUAAACUGCCGGGCGCUACUUGGUAUUUGAGCCGGAAGGAUAUUGAAGAAAACUCCCCAUCCAGACAAGAUGGCAUUGAUCUCAAGAAAGAAAAUUAUCUCCGGAAGUCUUACUGCACAUUUCUUCAGGAUUUAGGCAUGAGAUUGAAAGUACCUCAAGUAACGAUAGCUACAGCAAUUGUAUUCUGUCACCGUUUUUUUCUUCGCCAAUCUCAUGCAAGAAAUGAUAGAAGAAUCAUUGCUACUGUUUGCAUGUUUUUGGCGGGAAAGGUAGAAGAAUCACCAAGGCCAUUAAAGGAUGUCAUUCUUGUUUCUUAUGAGAUUAUCCACAAAAAGGAUCCUACUGCUGUUCAAAGAAUCAAACAAAGGGAAAUAUAUGAACAGCAAAAGGAACUGAUUUUGAUUGGGGAGCGUUUGGUACUUGCAACUCUAGGUUUUAGCCUAAAUGUGCUACAUCCAUACAAACCCCUAGUUGAAGCAAUCAAGAAGUUUAAGAUUGCUCAAAAUGCUCUUGCACAAGUUGCAUGGAAUUUUGUCAAUGAUGGGCUGCGAACAUCGCUUUGCUUGCAAUUUAAGCCCCAUCAUAUCGCAGCCGGUGCAAUCUUCCUGGCUGCCAAGUUUCUUAAAGUAAAGCUUCCCUCUGAUGGUGAGAAGGUCUGGUGGCAGGAAUUUGAUGUUACUCCGCGGCAGUUGGAAGAGAUAAGCAAUCAAAUGUUGGAACUAUAUGAACAAAACCGCCCAGCACCAGCAUCCCAAGGAAAUGAAACUGAAGGCAGUUCUGCUAGCGGCGUGAAUCACCGAGCUCCAGCAAAAGUCCCUGUCGAUAUCGAGGAGCCUACUACACAAAGCGGAUAUUCUCAGGUGUCUAGAAAUACUGCCGGGGAGAGUGCUUGCCCUGCAAACUCAUCCACUUACUCUGACCAAUUUCACUCGGACAAGCAUGUUGGAAGUUAUGAUGGUAAUGAUCACGGAAGGCAGGAUGAUCAGGGAAGGCAUGAGAUGAAAGCCGGAGUUUCUGGAAACAAAAUAACAAGGGACGGUUGGCAUCAUGAACCCACUAAUAAUCCAGAUAUUCUAGCCAGUAGGUCCAACAGAUCUGAACCAGCAGCAGAAGAAUUUGCAACUCUUUCCGCAGAUGGUAUGGCCGAAACAAGGGAGAGGAUGUUCACCCAGAGUCAAACUACCAAAGUCCAGUCACCUGCGAUGGAUGCCAUAAAGAAGAUUGACAAAGAGAAAGUGAAGGCCGCAUUGGAGAAAACAAAAAGAUCUCGGGCCGAUAUCUCCAGAAAAAUGGAUCACAUGGAUGAAGAUGACCUCAUUGAGAGAGAGUUGGAACAUGGUGUGGAAUUAGCUGUCAAGGACGAACGAAACAAGCAGAAGAGCCACAACUGGUCCAAACCUUCAUACAAGCAAGAACUCAAGAGCAUUGAUAUUACAGAGAAUGCCGAAGAAGGUGAGCUCUCUGUGGAUAGCCAAGAGGCUCAGUUACCAGAGCCGAGCAGCAAGAAGAUGAAAACAAUCAGCUCCCCAGGGAAACAAAAUCACAACAUCCCUACGUCACGCCGCCUGAGUGGCAUUGAUGAUUUACGACCAUCAGGAAGACUGGAGCAUGUUGAACGAGAUCACAAAAGGUUCACGCCGGGAAAUCAAGUAUGACAAAUUAAUGUACAACGGUGCUUUGCUUUCCUUGCAUUAUCCAUUUGAGGCUCCUCUUAUAGAUUAUUAUUCAUGGUUUGUAGCUAUAUGCGCAGAGUUCCGGAUCACAAUUUAGGUCCAAAAUGUUGGAAAACAUUUGCAAUCUUCUGUUGUUUUAAGAUAAUGGCUGUGGAAGAUGUGUGGCUUAUUGGAAAUUUAUUGUGAAGGGAAAAAUCAAAAUGGUACACCAUUAAUAGGACAAACCUAAUCAUUAUCUUAUUUUUGGCGGAGUAUUUGUUUAUGAA